CUAUAUAAAGAGGUCCAACAACCGCCCUUUGUUGGUAUCAUUCAAAUUCAAACCAAGCAUCUAUUCAACUACACAAAACACCCUUCAAACCUCAAUAUCAACCCAAGUCCAAAUCCAUCGACAAUGAAGUUCACAAUCACCACCCUGGCGCUCCCCCUCCUGGCCGCAGCGGCACCAACCAGCGCACCACCCGCAAACCCAGCCUUCAGCGUGAUGGCCACCCGCUCUGCCUCGCCCAUCCACUUCCUACAGCUGAACGCCGCCGGCCAGAAGUUCUACCUCGGCGGACAAACCGCUUCCUACUGCCCAGCCCAGGUUGCAAACUGCCCACCCGGAAACGAAACCGUCUUCGCUCCUGGAGGCAGCUCUCUGGACACCAUGGUCCCCGGCGGCCAACAGGUCUACGUCGACCCCAAUGGCGCCCUCAGCUUCACCCAGGCUCACUCGGCAAAUAUCCCGCAGGGAUCCUCUCUCGGCCCGUUCCACUACGCUGCUGAUGAGCCAUGGGCUCACUAUUCCUUCGCUGGUUGGGGUGCUUCAGGUUUCAUGGCUUGUCCGGCUGAUGAUAACCGCUGGCAGGUGUUUGCCGCCAUUCAAAAUGCUACCGUGCCCCAUGGUAACGUUGAUGAGUGUCUCGGGUUCUCUGCUAUCGCUUUGACUUAUACCGGGGAUGUUCCUGCUUGGCAGUAUAUCUAGAUUAAUGAUGUUGUUGAUGUUCUGAUGGAUCUCUUGUUGAUGUCGUUUUUCUAGCUUGUGAUUUUUGAAUGUACCAUAAUUACGCUCCUUCUAUAUCUGGAUACAGAUUGGAUUUAAUAAACUGAUACCGUUGAAUUUAUG